GCCUAAUAAUACCCGCUAAUUUAACUUUUGGAUGUCUCACGAUUUUCGUUUAUCGAGCAGCUCUGUACCUGCUAAAUUGCUCUACGAGAUAGCAUUAUUUUAUUAAUGGUCUGGAUGGCUUAAAAUGAUUGAAAACAAAAAGCAUGAACGCAAGAUUUUUCCAUAGAUUCGGUUUUGCCAAAAAGUAUCAAAUUACUGAGUUAUGUGUCAUCAAGAAGAAUAUCAUCUUUUGCUAAUCUUCGCCGCCGCAAGUGUGCUAAUCUAUCAUUAAUUUCAUUACCUUGAAGGAAUGAAAGCGAGUUCUUUUGGUUAAUGUUGAUUGUGCAUGACAAAAGAACUGCUUUAAAAAAAAAUUUCAAAGCGUUCAGCCGACCUCCUGAAUCCAAGUAAGGAAGUUUAAGUCAAAUGUCACAUUCCUGCCUCGAAAUAGAUUUGUGUGUAAAAAUUUCCCGCAAAUUUGCAAUUCUAAUAAUCAUAAUUUCUCACCAUUUGUUUUGGCAGAACAUCUGUAAAAUUGCCCGCAAAAAUACGUGGGAGAAAAUUUUAAAACUCCUUGCGCCAUCGUUGAAUCAGUCUGGCAUUUUUUAUUCACUCGCUAUGGCUUCUGUGAGACUUUGACCGAGCUUGGAAUAUCAGUGCUUACCUGAGAUGGAAUCACUUAAGGAGAAAUUAGGAGGUUUUGGUCUUCGAAGUGAUUCGUGCACUUUUGUCCUAGAGUCUGAAUUUCGUGUCAGUUACCUGGGAUUCUGUAUGAAUACACGAGAAGGAGUCGAAGGAAUCCGGGCUGCUGUGGAAGAAAUUAAGAAAACUGCAAGCCAUGAGUGUUGCAGAAAUACAACUCAAACGAACUGCAUCAAAAUUAGCACAAAAGGACUUUGUUUGAUGGAGCGAAAACGAGAGAAAGAUACUCUAUUGACAUUUAUUCCUCUGAGGAAUAUUUCCUAUGGCUUUAUCAAUGAAAAAGACAACAAUGUUUUUGCCUUUAAUCAUCAUGUCUCGAAGAACCAUGUUGAAUGUCAUGCAGUGGUGUGCGAAAGUGCGCUGAAGGCACGGGAAAUCAACGAAGCGCUUUAUGCGUCGUUUAGAACAGACCAUUUCGAGACUCUUCGCAAGGAAAGGGAAAAAAUGAGAGAAUGUUUACAAUCAGAUGCGAUUCGUGAACUCAAAGAACGAAAACCAAACAUGAACUAACUACGACUACAAGGCUGGUCUUUUGCGAAAUUAAUUUCAGAAGACACUUUAUCCAUUUUUAAACUGCUUAGAUGUUUUAUUUCUAAACAAAGUACACACCGUCAGUUAACACAUUGUUAUAAAAUCAAGCGGCGGAAAACAAGUUUUUUAAUCGUUCUGAAACAACAUUAAACAUAAGAUAUUUCGUGUAUUAGUUGCAGUUUUUGUAGUUUAAGUUAUAUUUUGGCGGAAGACA